UGCCUCUUACUUUUUUAGAAAAUCAUCGUACACGGCAAGACUUUCCAUUGCGCCGAUCAUGCCCUCCGCAAAGAGUUGCCUUGCAACAGCUGCAAGCGUCCUUUUCUUCGUUGCGGCUGCAUCUGCACAGUCUCCAGCAAUUGGGCAAACAUGCAACCCAAAGGUCGACUUCAACGGGUGUAACGGCCAGGACUUUUUGGUUUGUCAGGAUGUUGGACGAUGGAUACUACAGAAUAGGUGUUCCACCGUCUGUACCAAUGAUGAUGCCUUCAAGUCCUUGUGCUCGAACAAUCAGCAAGUCGGUGCAGGCGCUCCUAGCGGUUCGACAACACCCUCGAAUGGACCCACUCAAUCCCCUUCGGGUACCAGUGCACCCUCUACAUCGGGCGGCAACGAUGGUAAAUCCAAUGCAGGAGCUAUUGCAGGUGGUAUCAUAGGUGGUUUGGCUGGGGUCGCCUUGUUGCUCGGCGGUGUGUUCUUCUAUCGGCGCCGAUCGGGAAAACCGACGGCAGCGACCGCAACCGCAGCAACUCUCUCAGCUUCGGGAAAACGCCAAGAAGAAGGAUUGAUAAUGACUCAAGGCGGAUCAUCGUCUUCGACUUUGGGUCCUGGAACGCUUAAUGUGACAUCUGUCCUGGAAAAGAAAUAUGUCGUUCGACAUGAUUACGAACCUGCAGCCGAAGAUGAGAUUAAGUUAACUGUGGGCGAUCGCAUUCGCUUAGACUUGCUGUUUAACGACGGCUGGGCAAAGGGAACCAACGAGGACACUGGAAAACAGGGUUUGCUUCCUGUGGCAUGUCUCCAAGAGGCCUGAGUGCUCCUUUCAUCUCUUCAUUGGAACCCGCAUCUUCAUGAUUCAACUGUUCUGGAUAGAAUCUGUACUAUUUCCGUUUCCCCUUAGCUAUUAGGGACCAACAUUAAUCAUUUUUAAGAGUAGAAUAGUGGACUUUAAUGUUUAUAUAUGUAGAUAAAGUUCAAAUUUCGAUCGUUCAAUCCAUAUCGCAAAACCCGU